AUGACCGAUACCAGAGCCGAAGGAAAAGGCUUCGUAGACCAGAGCUGGGCCGCGAGCCACGAGCUAUCCCUGAAGAAACUAAAGAAACCAUUUGGAUUAGAAGUAUUUGAUGAAAGAGACGCCGAGAGUAGAAUGAUCACCCACUAUAUCGAGACCCGACUGAGAACUGAAGACCAUUGCGAAAAGAUCAAACUCUUCGUGACCCAACUGGCCCAUUACCCCGUUAUUCUAGGAAUACCCUGGCUAAAGAAGCACGACCUGAAGAUUGGAUUUGCGAGCCAUACCUUCACUUUUGACAGCGAAUACUGCCGGAAACACUGCAAUACUCCUGCCCGCCCGACAAAGAUCUGA